AUGUCGGUAGUCGGCUCUCGCCCGUCAUCGAUGGAGGGUAGUCGUGCCAUACGACGAGUACUCAACGUUCGGUUGAAGGACCCACAGAGUGCCCUUAGAGUGGCCGGGACUUUGGGUAUAUUCCUAUUCACUGUGCUGCAGGCUUUUAGACUUGCUAAGGCGACGAAGGGCGUCGAUACAACAGCGAAGAGGAGGAGGCAUGAUGGCCGAGGGGCAACUUUGUCUGAGGAAGAAAUUAUUUCUAAUGAGUUGGCGCUCCCCGAAAAUGAUCCGGAUGGCUGCGGUGUGCUCAGCAGGUUACUGGUGCCUACGUCUAUGGCGAAGCGAUUCACGGCUUUGCGGCGUCUCUUGGAUGCAUCAUGGGAUGGUACCACAACUGAUAAGAUAGUAACGUACAGUGUCCUGGCUGGUGUGCUGGGGACGGGCCUUGGGAAAGUUGUUGGUCAACUGUACGUAUGGAAGUUAACAUCGACGAUUGACGCUAUCAUAUUGAGGAAGGAGGAUCCACCAUUGUACAGGCUACUUUCUUAUAUGUUGGCUAUCGGAAUACCAGUCGCCUCACUGCAAUGCUCCAGCGCAUAUUUGGCCGGUCUAUUUUCGCUCAGAAUGAAAACUAAGUUGGUGAAAAGGCUCGUACGAGAAAUCAUAUUUUCUGCUCACAACCUCGACGAGCCCGUAUCAAUGAUCGAUAAAGAUACGCUCGCCCUUAUACUGUCUCACAUUAAUAAGGUUUCAACGACGUUCGUGGAGCACUACUGGAUACGCACUAUGAAGUUUGUGGAUUUGGUAGUUUAUUCGGGAGCACUUGUGGUUCAACAUGGUCCAUGGCCAGUAUUGGUGAUGCUAUUAUAUCUCUUCACUACCUUGAAAAUGACGGCCGAGCUCCAAGUCACUCGACAGAGGAUGCUCAUGGAAUCAGCCCAGCUGGAGUCUGUGGUGAAUGAGGCGAUCGCUCGUGCUGUGAGGCAUAGGGAAAGCAUAUCUGCAUGGCAAGGACGGGGAUAUUUGGAGUCGAGGCAAAUAUACGGACACUUGGAUUACUUCGGCAUAAUAUCGUAUUUCUGGACAGCAAGGAUCAUGAUGAAUUUAUGUACAGCAUUCGUUCAGUUCAUGGACGACAGAACGUCACAAGAGGCGGGAGAUAAGCUUUACACCAAAAUUCAAAAACUCCAUCAACUGUUGGUUACAGCUCCCAAUGCCUUACCACGGAGCCAUCGAAAGUUCAAAGUGCGCAUGACUAAUAUCAGCCUCAAAGGCCUCACUAUUCAAAGCCCCUCUGGCCCGAUACUUGUUCAAUCGCUUACACUGGACCUCAACCCGAGUUGUUGUAUCGCUUUGAUGGGACCUAGUGGGAGUGGCAAGUCGGCGCUCCUUCGUACACUCAAUGGGACAUGGCCGAUAUGCGUUGGUGAGCUGGCCCGUCCCAAACAUGGGGUUGUACUAGUACCUCAGAAAUUGUAUAUGCUGAGAGAGUCCAGCGCUAAGCAACAGAUCGCAUAUCCCGAUGGCCCUCCAGAGAGCCCUGCUGACGAGGACAGAGUAGCUCAGUGCAUGCGUAUAUGCGAACUCGAUAAGCUUUCUGGUCGCCACACGUUGUCCGAGGCGGAGCAGGAGAAAGUCGUAUUGGCUCGACUACUUUAUCAUAGACCAAAGUUCGCUCUCAUUGAUGACUGCUUGAGAUGUCAUACAUCUAUUCAAGGUACUGACUUGAAGCUCAUUGGUGAAGUUAUCUCUCUAUUACGGCAUGAUGGUGGCUGUGGUGUUGUUAUGGUCUGUUCAAAACCUGACAUGGUGGAGACGCUAUCCCACUAUGUGCAAUUUGAUGGGAUCCUGACGUUAGACAACAAGUCCACUCCUCCACGUCACAGCUACACCGUCUGCAGUAAUGAGCCUGUCCCGUUGGCGGACGUGAAAAAUAAGGCUUGA